AUGGCGUGGAAUAUCCGGGGCCUCAACAAUCCUAAAAAGCAAGUUGAGAUUAAACAACUAAUCUGGAAUAUGAAGAUAGGAGUGGUUGGGCUCUUGGAAACAAGGGUGAAAACCCAGAAGUUAGGAGAAGUCUAUAUUAGAAUGUUUUCAGGGUGGUGUUUUUCAUCUAAUAAUGCCUGGCUUAGGUCGAAUAAUGGUCAUGAAGGUUUCUUAGUUACAUUUAUAUAUGCCUUCAAUGAUGCGAAUGGAAGAGAGAUCUUAUGGAGAGACCUGAAAAUUCUGGCAAGAGAUCAUAAGCAACCAUGGGUGGUAUUAGGGGAUUUUAAUGAUAUUUUGAAUGCAGAUGAAAGAGUAGGCAAGCGAGUGCAGGGAGGAAGUUCUUCAGCAUUUCAAGACUGUAUAGAAGAGUGUCAACUUGAAGAUGUGAAAUACUCGAGUUGUUUCUUCACAUGGACUAAAAAGCAAGAUAAAGAAGGCAUAAUUUACUCGAAGAUUGAUCGAGUUAUGGCAAAUCAAGAAUGGCUCAUUCAGCACGAACUAGUGGAGAAAUUAAAGAGGCUUAAAGCAGUUCUCAGGGACAUUAACAAGAAGGGAUUUAAUAACAUACAAGUUGCUGAUACUUUAGCAUAUCAGGAGUUGAAAAGGAAGCAGGAGUGCCUGAAUAAGGAUCCAUUGAAUGAGUAA